UGAAAGGAUCAAAUUACUCAUGGAGAAAACCAAGUUCACCCUUUUAUUUCUUGUUACUUGUUGCUAUUUCCUGUCCUUGUUUCCUACGGCUUUGGAAGCAGAGGAUGAAAUAACUCCUCCACAAACCAUCAGUGGCAACCAGACACUAGUCUCACCUUCUCAAAAUUUUGAACUGGGUUUCUUCAGUCCUGCCAAUUCCACUCACAUUUAUCUUGGAAUAUGGUACAAGCGUAUCCCAAACAAGACAGUUAUUUGGAUUGCAAAUAGAGACAAACCACUAGUUAACUCUGGUGGCUCCUUGACAUUCAGUGAUGAUGGCAAGCUCAUUCUUUUAAGCCACACAGGAGGUGUUGCAUGGUCCUCAAACUCAUCUGGGCCUGCAAAAAAUCCGGUGGCGCAGCUACUGGAUUCCGGAAACUUUGUUUUGAAAGACUAUGGAAAUGAGAGAUAUUUGUGGGAGAGUUUUGAUUACCCAUCUGACACAUUGAUACCAGGAAUGAAACUUGGUUGGAACUUCAAAACUGGCUUGAAUCGACACUUGACUUCCUGGAAAAACACUUCUGAUCCUUCUUCGGGAGAAUACACCUACAGUGUGGAUCCACGUGGCCUUCCUCAGCUUUUCCUUCACAGGGGAAACAAGCAGAUUUUCAGAAGUGGACCAUGGUAUGGACAACAAUUCAAAGGUGACCUGGCUCUCAGUGCAAAUCCAGUUUUCAAACCCAUAUUUGUGUUUGAUUCUGAUGAAGUGUCUUACUCCUAUGAGACCAAAGACACCAUCAUUUCAAGAUUUGUGCUCAGCCAGUCUGGUUUGAUUCAGCAUUUUUCAUGGAAUGAUCAUCAUUCGAGUUGGUUUUCUGAAUUUUCAGUUCAAGGGGACCGUUGUGAUGAUUAUGGUCUUUGUGGUGCUUACGGUUCUUGUUACAUCAAUAGCUCCCCUGUCUGCAAGUGUUUGAAGGGUUUUGAGCCGAAGCUUCUGCAGGAAUGGGAAAGGUCUGAGUGGUCAGAUGGAUGUGUUAGAAAAAACACACAGGUUUGCAGCAACGGAGAUGCAUUUCAGCAGUUUACAGGAAUGAAGCUUCCAGAUGCCACUGAGUUUCGUACAAACUACAGCAUCAGCAUUGAUCACUGUGAGAAAGAAUGCUCUAAGAACUGCUCUUGUGUUGGUUAUGCAAAACUAGAUAUAAAUGCUAGUGGCAAAGGUUGUAUUGCAUGGUUUGGGGAUUUGCUGGAUAUAAGAGAGGUUUCUGUGAAUGGACAAGAUUUCUACCUGAGGGUUGCAGCUUCAGAAGUGGAUAAGAACAUUGAAGGUUCAAAUGCUGAUGGAAGUAAAAGGAAGAAAAUCAUACUCUUUCCUGUGGCUGCAUCUGUAACUUCAACAAUUAUUGUAUCAACAUUGUGGUUGAUAAUUAAGAAAUGCAGAAGAAAUGGAGCAGCCAAACAGACCGGUAGUCAGUUUAGUGUCGGCAGAGUCAGGAGUGAAAGGAAUGAAUUUGAACUUCCAAUGUUUGAGAUUGGCAUGAUUGAAGCCGCCACUGGGAAUUUCUCUAAUUACAACAAGAUUGGAGAAGGUGGAUUUGGUCCUGUAUACAAAGGUCAACUUCCAUCAGGACAGGAAAUAGCUGUGAAAAGGCUGUCAGAGAAUUCUGGACAAGGCCCGCAGGAGUUCAAGAAUGAGGUCAUUUUGAUCUCCCAACUUCAGCAUCGAAAUCUUGUCAAGCUUCUGGGUUGUUGCAUUGACGGUGAAGAUAAAAUAUUGAUCUAUGAGUACAUGCCAAACCGAAGCUUGGACUCCUUAUUAUUUGAUGAAACCAAGCGUCGUGUGCUCAGUUGGAAAAAGAGGCUAGACAUAAUUAUUGGCAUUGCUCGGGGAAUUCUCUACCUUCACAGAGAUUCAAGACUGAGAAUAAUCCAUAGAGACCUGAAAGCAAGCAAUGUUCUUUUAGACGGUGAAAUGAAUCCAAAAAUUUCUGACUUUGGAAUGGCAAGAAUGUUUGGUGGAGAUCAAACUGAAGCAAAGACCAAGAGAGUAGUGGGAACCUAUGGAUAUAUGGCCCCAGAGUAUGCAAUAGAUGGACACUUCUCUUUCAAAUCGGAUGUUUAUAGCUUCGGGGUUUUACUCUUGGAAGUGUUGAGCGGAAAGAAAAACAAAGGAUUUUUUCACCCAGAUCACAAACUGAAUCUCCUAGGCCAUGCAUGGAAAGUAUGGAAUGAAGAUAGGGCAUUGGAGCUGAUGGAUCCAUUGCUUGAGGGUGAGUUUUCGACAUGUGAAGCUCUAAGGUGUAUUAAAGUUGGUCUGUCAUGCGUUCAACAGCUCCCAGAAGAUAGACCAACAAUGUCAUCAGUGGUUUUGAUGUUGGACAGUGAGAAUGUGUUGAUCCCCCAACCGGGAAGGCCAGGAAUAUAUUCCGAGAGGUUUUUCUCUCAGUCAAAUUCAUCAUCACACGCUGCUUCCAAUCACACAACUGUUACUUCGCUUGAGGCUCGUUGAUUCCUUCCGAACAACCCUUUGCAAGUUAAAUAUGCAUCAAAUUUUCUUUCUCAUUCAAAAUUAACCACAUAAUGAGAAUCAUCAUGGUUUUUGUCUUGGACUAUUAUUUUUUCUUCUCACUAAGUUUUUUAAGAAUAUUUUGGUUAUUAAAAAGGUUAAAUUUUAUAUUUGUAAAAAGAAAAAAGAUUAAAAUUGUAGGAGUAUGAUAAAUGAUUGGGAAGGGCAUAACAAACGUUACUAUGGUCCAUUGAUUUUGGAAAGAAGGCAACAGAAAGAGCACCACCACCUAUGGCGUCUCAGGCAGACGUUCACGACCACUUAAAGUGUCUCAUUUCCCUCCUAAUAAUGUCCGACCCGGUCAUUCUCUCUUCCGGGCAUACCUUCGACUUCUCCUCCAUCCAACGCUGACUCGACGCCGGCCACCGCACUUGUCCAAUUACCAAACUACCCACCUUCUCCGUCAACACCCAUUGGUUGAAUUGAGAUAACGAGUCUGUGAAUGGAUGUCAACUGGAUCAUUCAACGUCAAUAUAAUACUCAUAUUGCUUCUACGUUUAUGCUCAUCGGAAAGUGUACAACUUUGUUUCAAAGUGAACUAAACAAGUUUCCAAAAACACUGUUAUGGGGUGGAAUUGGAAUGAAGAAGGAUCGAUUGUAAUGUCCUCUGUGCGGGUGAGUUGAUUCUUUCUCCUUUUUUUCUUUUUUUUUUUGAAAUUCUUCCUGUACAAAAUGAGGGUUAUUUUUUGUUGUGCAUAGGAAAUAAAAUAAAAAAAUGUACCAGUUAUUUCUUGUUAGCAGUCAUAGGAGGAAGCUUUCGUGUUCAGCCAUGGGACACUGGACUGUAAUGCUUUGAUGACUGAAAAAUUCUCUUAGAAUCCAAGCAAAUUUACAAUACUUGGUUAUCAUGUCAUCGUCAGGUCAAUAACUUUCCGCCAUUUUAUGCCAAUCCAAGCUUUCAUUUGAGGAGUGCUAUCUCCUAACAACUUACAUUGGAAUUUGCCACCGAAACAUGUAAAAUACAGAAUUUGCAACACAAGUAUGGAAAACAUUUCACGCAGAGCUAUUUGAAAACUAGCUUUUAGCGAUCAAUUUAAUUAAUGCAGUACUUUCUCAG